AUGCCGUUUCAAGGUGGUGGCGGCGGCUACGGCGGUGGUGGAUAUGGAGGUGGCGGUGGCCGCUUCAGUGGUGGCGGCGGAGGUGGCAGAGGGCGAGGUGGUGGUAGAGGAGGCGGCGGUGGCAGAUAUAGUGAUGACCAGGCUGACACAAGCUCUGAGCAGUUCAGGAAGCUCUUUGUUGGAGGACUCAGUUACGAAUCAGAUGAAAAAAGCUUGCGAAAUCAUUUUGAGGGAUGGGGCGAGAUUGUGGACUGUGUUGUCAUGCGCGACCCAAACACAAAGAGAUCAAGAGGUUUUGGAUUCAUCACAUACAAGGAAGCCUCUAUGAUUGACGAGGCCCAGGCCAACAGGCCACACAAAAUUGACAACAGAGAAGUGGAAACAAAAAGGGCAAUGCCAAGAGAUGCCGAUGGAGCAAGCAAUCACCAGUCAGUGAAGAAAAUGUUUGUUGGCGGCCUCAAGGACGAUACCACAGAAGAGCAGAUGAGGGACGUCUUUGGCCAGUUUGGGGAAAUCGACAGUGUUGACAUUGUUACUGAUAAAGCCACAGGCAAGGUUCGAGGGUUCGCCUUUGUCACCUACAAAGAUUAUGACUCUGUCGACAAAGCAGUUUUAUUGAAAAGACACGAAUUGAACACGAGAAGAGUCGAAGUAAAGAAAGCUGUUUCAAAAGAUCAAAUGGAUGGAUCAAGUCGAGGUGGUGGCUCAGCCGGCAGGGGGAGAGGCAGAUCUAGUGACAGCUUUGCCUCUGGUGGAUAUGGUUCCAAUGGGUCCUACGGAGGUGGUUAUGGAGGCAGUGCCUACAGUGGUGGUGGCGGCGGAUAUGGAGGAGGCUAUGGCGGUGGACAGAGUUGGGGAGGUUCCGGUGGUUAUGGCGAUUACAGCAGUAGCUGGGGAGGCGGCGGAGGUGCUGGGGGAUUCGGAUCAAACUAUGGUGGAGAUUAUGGGGGUGGCCCAGUCAAGGGUGGCGGCUAUUCUGCACGUGGUCAGGGGCCAUAUGGAGGUGGUUAUGGACAGUCUAGUGGUGGUGGCGGCGGCUAUGGUGGAGGUGGAUUCAGGCGAUAA